AGGUUCUUCCGAUCAAAAUAAGUGAUCAGUUUGCACAAUUCCACUUGCAAUCGAAAGUACAUUUAAUUAGCUCUCGGUUGAUCCCUUCUCAUCAUCGAAAUAACAUUAUUAAUAUAAAAAAAGUUAAAGUGUUUCUCGGGAAUCGGUCGAGAUUGAGCGAGAUUCGAGAAUUCCUCAUACAUUUUGUUCAACAAAAAGUGACUUUUCUUCACUGAAAAUGAGGUUAAACCAUCCCCUUGGUUGUGCGUGCGUUCCUCGAAUAUUUUUGGCUGGUGCUGAAGAAAAAAAAGGCAAAAAAUACCAAAAAAAAAUCCCUCCACGUUCUCCAUCAACGGGAGUCGCGUGAGUCACUCUGUCCACGGGCUCCGUGUGUCGUGAUGUAGUGCACGAGUGCAGCUAAAGUGUGUUGUUUGGUGCGCGAGCAACAUUGUACCCCCGCGGAAGGGAGAAAAAAAUCGAUUAACAAGGAAAAGUGAUUGAAUCUGCAAAAUCCCUGCAUAAUAGAGUGUCCUGUACGAUUCCUCCCACCACGGUGAGCGAGGAUGUGCAUUUUACGGAGAAAAUAAUUAAUGAGGAGAUGGCAAAAGGUUGUGGAAUGAGGCACAUUUGGGCGCAAGUCAUCAAGGACUUUCCGGAAGUUUGAAUUGCUGCAGCAGGAUUGCGCCCAUUUGGUGGGAUAAUGGCCGAUAAGGAGGGUGCUCGUGCUGUGUAUGCCAUGCAGGAGCAUUCCUGCGAAAUUUGUGGCAUGUCCGGGUUGUCGGAUGAUGUGAUGAGAGAACACACGAGGACAUGUCACGUGGAGGGAAGUGCUCAGUGUCCCUUCUGUGGGUUGAGUGGUGUUGCAGCUGCGGAGCUUCUUUUGCACGUCAAUCAAGCGCAUCUGGACUACCUGACGCCGGAAAAUGAACUCAUGAGCUUCAUUGAUGACCAAAGUCCCAGUUCCUUUUUCAGUGUUGACGGUGAUUCGGAUUCAAUGUCCGAAUGUCGUGGUUUAUCACCAUCAAUAACAGCUGAUCUGCCCACAAAUGGCAUAUGCGGUGGGGCAUCCACAACAGCAGCAGCAGCAGGUUCCAAUCGUUGGUCAAACGGGGUUGUUGGUAAUCACACGACGUCCGGGAGCAAUGGAGCCCGCUUGGGGGCUCAUCAGAAUCACGUGGCGCACACAAAUGGCACGAAUAACAAUCGCAAUGUGAAUAAUCACAGCGGUGGGACGUCCAAGGGGGUGCGUAGUAAGAACUGUGAUAGUGAAGAUGGGGCAUGUGCGGCGGCUGUGACGAAGGAAGCCAUAAAUGGGCUCACGGCAACAAAUGGUGGCGGUCAGGGGUCCCCACUGCGCUCCCAGUUGGGCUUGAAGUUGAAAACUCACACGCCGGCAACGACAAAGGUUAGCAGCCCCCUGCAGUGCCCCCUGUGCCCGUACACAUCGGAUAAUUCCACAGUCCUCGAGGAGCACAUAAAUCGCUCGCACUUUGACCCCCUUAGCCCAUCGGUUAAUGCCUCUGCUGCCAGUGGGGGCGGUGGAUCCACCACCACGGAAACGAGCACACAGAUGCAGUGCCCAAUUUGCGCGAGAUCCUUCCAAAGUGUCUCCGAUCUGGAGCUUCAUGUCAACAUCGAGCAUCGUGACAUCCUCUCGCCGGGAAAAAUCGAUCCGAGCACCACGUCCACCACGGAGGGCAUUACAAAUGGUCACAGUGAGAAACUCUGCCCAAUUUGCAAUAUAAACUUGGAGCAUAUGAAGACUCAAGAGAUGGAGGUGCACAUUGACAGUCACUUCGUCAAGACACCCCUGGCACCGUCUUCCGAGUCAGAUCUCGAGAAGCAGGCGCAGAAGUUGCGGGAACAGCGUGAAUUUGAGAUGCUGCGGGCGCAGUACGGGAUGGAUGAUCAGGGAAAUUUCCGCGAGCAAUCCGCAGCAGCAAUGCAGAGGGCCGUCUAUGCGGGAGAGAUGAGUGUGGCGGACUACUAUGAGCGGCAGGUGGGGCUGAGAGCGGCGGAAUCGCAUGGGAUUGACGAUGGGACUUCGUGUACGAAAUCCGUGGCUGCCAGAGUGCUGUCAUUGUCAUCCUCAUCACCGGGUGUCAUUAAAUCCCUCGUGUGUUCAGCCGUGGAUCACUAUGCCUCGAGUUAUGGCGAUAAAGGAUGGGGGUGUGGUUAUAGGAAUCUCCAGAUGCUCCUCUCAUCGCUCCUUCAGAAUACAACGUACAAUGAAGCUUUAUAUUCCGCCUGGGGCAAUCAAGGACCCUCCCGGACGGCAAUGCCGAGUAUUUCGCGGCUACAGGUGAUGGUGGAGGCGGCAUGGAAUCAGGGAUUUGAUGUGCAAGGGUCAGAAUCGUUGGGGUGUAAAUUGCAGAAUACAAGAAAGUGGAUUGGGGCAACAGAAGUCUUUACGGUGCUCUCGUGGUUACGUAUAAAUUGCCUAAUUGUGGACUUCCAUCGACCAACGUCGUCAGAUGGGCGACAUCCGGAGCUCUUCAACUGGGUCCUCAAGUACUUUGAGGAGCCACGAGUUCAUACACCUCCACUCUAUCUCCAGCACCAAGGACACUCAAGAACAAUUAUUGGAAUCGAACAGAGAGCCUCAGGGUUGACCCUUUUGGUGCUCGAUCCGAGUCAUGGGCCACGUGAAGUUGCUGCUUUGGGGUCUUCGCAGGAUUCCCUGAGAUUAAUCCGACGCGGCCCAACCGCCAUGAGGGCUCAACAAUACCAAAUAGUCGCUGUGAUGGGUUUGAUUGAGACCAAGGAACAAUACCAGGCCAGUAAAGUAUUGCGUUCAAUACGUAUACCACCAGAUCGUUGACUUGAGUUCCAAUUGCAAAUUCUUAUUUAAAAAAAAAUUAUUUUAUUGUUAAUUCAAAUUGUAAGACGAAACAAAUUAAAAGAGAAAUUCAAUUAUUUAGAAAUGUGAGAAAAAAAUAAAUUAAAAAAGAAUUAUUAACAAAUUGGAGAAUAGAGUGAAAAAAAAACAAAUUUAAACCAAAACUGUUACUCAUCCUAGUAUUUAAAAAAAAAAGAAAAAAGUUAAUUAGACUUUAAAAGCAAAGUGUUUUAGAUGAUAUUUUAUUUAUUUCGUUAAUUGCAAUAGAUUUCAGAGAAGUAAAAUUUUGUUCAAGUUUAGAAAAGAAUAAAAAAUAUUUUUCAAAAAAAACAAAUAUAAGCCAUAGAAAGGAAAUAGUUUUCAUUGCAGAAAGAAAAAAGGGCCGAGACGAUGAGAAAAUAAAAAUAAAGAAAAGUCCAAUUCAAGUGCUAAUUUACGAAAGAAAGAAAUGUGGAGCAGAAAGUCACUAAUAAAUAUUAAAAAGAAAAAUUAUAAAAAUUAAAUGAACAAAGAACAUUAUUCUAGAAGAAAACAACAAAGCAUCACAUUCUUGUAAUUCAAUGAAAAUAUAAAUGAAAUGAAUAAGCUUUAAAGUGAAUUUGUUAGACAUGAGAUUUUAAAUCAAUUUGUGAUUAAUUCUUGUUCCUUUUGCGCAUCCACUUAAUUGUUCUCUUUAGACGUUUUUUCUUUCUUUCUUUUUUUUUCAAGAGAGAAAUUUUUGAAUAGUAGUUGUUUAAUAUUUGUGUGUUUGUGAAGAAUUUUUGCUCGUUUUUUAAUAGGAAAAUAAAAACUUUUAAUGAGAACUUAAUGUAUUAAUUUAGAGAGAAAGCAAUCAAAGGAGUUUAUUCAUUUUUAACGUUCCAAAGAAAAUCGUUGGAAGGCAUAAACCAGAUAGAUUUUUUGUAGAGAGUCAUAAAACUUUCAAAAUCUACCAAACAGAUUUUCCCAUUUAUCUCGCAGAUUAGCUGAGAAAAUCAGAAAAUAAUCCUGAUGAUAUUAAUGAAAAAAAAGUCAAAAUAAGGGUCAUAAUUAGCGUAAAAAAUCUUUUAUUUUUAUUUUAUGAACUUUUAAGUCGUCAAAAGAAUAUUUUAUAAGAUAAAAGAUAUUUUACGCAGAAUACCCAUUUUUUAUCAUUUUUUUUAAAUUUUAUCAGUAAGGGUAAAAUCUUUCAAAUGGUCAUUACAAAUCAUUUCACAAAAUUGUGAAAAAUGCGCAAAAUUGUUCUUUUUUAUUAAUUAUUUAAUAAAUAAAUUAUUUAGUUAAUAAUCAGCAAAAACAUGAUUUUGCCUUCAUAAUUUUAGUUUGAGAUCAAUUUCUGUCAGAUACAUAAUUUUUUACAUCAUCAAACGGCAUAAAAGAGCUUAAAACGCUCAUAAAAGGACCUCCAAAAUUCACUUUUAUCAUAAAAGAUAAAAUUUUGGUAUUCGCCAUAAAAAACCGAGUCUCCAAAAAUAAAAAAUAAAAUAGAAUUGAUAUUCAGGAUAAAGACUCGAUAAAAACAUUAAUCUGAAUACUAAUUCUAUUUUAUUUUUUAAUUUUUGGAGACUUUUUAAAAGUUUGGAGACUUGUUUUUUAUGGCGAAUACGAAAAUUCUUUUAUCUUUUACGCUGAAUACCAAAAUGGCCCAUAAUUUACAGUUUUAGAGUUAUUUUCUGCAAUUUUAUUCUUGGCUGAUUCCACUGAAAAAUGAUUUUUUUUUUCAAUGUUUAAAGAUCCUUUAAAAUAAUUUUCAUUUAUUGGUACACAGAUUUUCCUGAGAUAUUGGUGGGAAAAUAAAAAUGAAUAGACUCCUUUCUUUUCACUUGUAGGGUUGUUAAUUUAAACAAUAAUAUUCCUAUUAGAUUUCUCAAUUUAAUUAUUUAGCAAUAUCUUUGAAAGCCCAAAAGAACUCUGAAUAAAAAAAAACAUUGAAGAGUUCAAAGAUCGCUCAUUGAUUACAGAAUGGACCAUUCUAGGUGUCUCAAUGGACUAAAUUUAAUAAUUCCUUUCAGAAGAAUUUUAGUGUAUAAAGAAUUCAUAAAUUCUAUUAUUUAUUUAAUUGAAAUUCACAAAAUUUUUUCAAGUUACAGAACACUUAAAAUACUUUUAAUUCCCUUUUAAUUUUUACUUCACAAAGACCCUAAAAAUGGUCCAAACUGAAACAAAAAUUAGAGAGCAAUGUUUUUCUUUUCGUUUUAUCUUUAAUUCUAUCAAUUUUUAAUUGAUAAAAAGAGUUAGAAAUGAAAGGAAUUUAAUGGCAAAAGAAAAAAAAGAAUUUUACUCCUUGAAUGCUGAAAAAACAUUUUAGCUGUUUCUUGAUAGAUAAAUAAAAUAAAAGAGAAAAAAUAGUGAAGAAAUUGAGAGAAAUUACUAUUUAAUCUGUUUAAAAAAUAUAUAUUAAAAGAAAAUAUAAAUAUAGAAUUUAAAAUGAGAAUCUCUAUCUCAAAGAAAAAAAAAGUAUUUUAAUAUUAAAGACAGAAAAGAAAAAUAUAUUGAAGGAUGAAUAAAGUAAAAAAAAAUUAAUUCCAAAUGAAGGAAUAAAAAAUAAUGUUCAAAUACAAAUUAUACGGGAAAACAACACACCACAUUUAUAAAUUCUAAGUUCCUCACACAAAGAUUAAAAAAAAAACAUGAUAACGUCUUUUUGAAAAUAAGCUUGAUUAUGGGUAAAAAAAAAUUACAUUAUAGGAUAAAUUUUUAGGUGUUAGGUACUCUUGAAAAAUGAAAAACAAACAUAGAUAAAAAUUUCUAAUAGAAUUGAUACAAAAGAUUUGGGACAAAGGAAGGAAAAAUUGAUGGCAAAAACAGCAUAAAUAAAAUGAAUAAAAUUCUAUCGCACGUUUCUUCACGCGUUUUGAACAUUUUUUUCAAAUAAUAAAUAAAAAAGAAAAAUCAACAGGAAAUGAAAGAAAAAAAAUCACUCAAAAUGCAUAAAAAUAAAAUUCACAAACAAUGUGUAGUGCCUCACAGACACACCAACUUUUAAAAGACGAAUGAAGAGAUUUUAAGAAGACAUUUUUUGUGAUGUUCUCAGAAUACCUACACUUUUAAAGGAAAAAAAGAAAAUGAAUUUUUAGUGCUUAACUUCAAUCAACAAAAAAAAAUGUGAAAAAUCAUGCUUAAACUUAAUGUUAUGUAUUUGUCUCAUAAAAUAUGUGGUGAGAGACAGAGAAAACUCUCCCAUUGCAAGACAAACCAACACACACCACUAAUCACAAAUGCAAUGAAGUGAAUAAUGCAGCAAAGUAGGGAGGUUUUUGAUGAAGAAUACAAAAAAAUGAUGAUAUUUGAAGUAUUUGACCUUAAUUCAUAGUUUAAUGAAAGAAAAAAAAAUUGAUGAGAUUAAUAAUAAAAACCUUUCUGUGAUGA